AUGAACGCUACAUUUGAAAGACGCCUCAGGCCAGUGCCUGCAAAGAGGCGACUGGGAAAGACAAACACAACAGUUAACAACGGUCGAAAUGAUUUAAGAAAUAAGCUAAACUUAACUAUCAGAACACCAGAUGCCCGUUCACUGCUUCACAACCGUGUUCGACAACGUAAUUCAAAGUUUCGUGAUGCUAGAAAUCUUCUGAGGCGAAGAAAUGUGGCUCGUCCGCGUAGAAAUCCUCGCGUUCCAUUCUUCCUUCCUGUUAGAACGGUGAAAAAUGAACUUUACUCAGGUCAUAUCAAUAAUUCACCAAAUUCAAGUGGAUUGCGUUCAGCAGCAACAGCAGCAGCGUCAUUACGACGGUCAGGUAUUCCUGAUCUCCUCAGUCUACCAUUACCGCCUAUUCCAAAUCCGUUAGAUUUUCUUAAUAAUUCAACAUCACCAAAUGGCCUGUUUGCUAACUUACUACCAUUCAGUGAACUUCCUGUAACCACUACAUCUACGAUUUCAUCGUCAGCACCAAAGAUCAGUCCAAUACAAGGUUUCCGUUUAGAGAUACGUAAUCUUCAGCCAACUGUUACAUUAGAUGACGUAUACGAAUUGUUUAGCAGUGUUGGUAGCCUACGCUUAUGCACUGUUACACGACCUGGUCAAGCUGAAGUUAUAUACAAUCAUUCAUCAGAUGCACUUGAAGCUAUUGAACGGUAUAAUGGUCGAGAGUUAGACGGUCGUCCAAUGCGUGUCACACUGACAACACCUAUCAGUGAGCAUGAUAUAUCAGCUGGUGUUGCUGGCGCUGGUGGUGGUCUUCGCAUGGCUUCAAGACUCGGUCCUAAUCAUGGAAGGAAACAAAAUCAAAGUCAAGCGAAACAAGUGAUUCGAAAUUCAGUCAAUCGAUCAUCAUCGUCAGUGGCAGCAGGAGCAACAGGAACACCGACAGGAUCAAGUGUUCCAAUGGAAGUUGAUGCAGAUGUUGUACGUAAAGCUUUAUUCAAUAUCAGUUCAUCAGGUAGUGUACAGUCAAGACGACCUGUAGACUUUAGUGUUAGUCUGCGUUAG